GAUAAUAUUUCUAUUCUAUGUGUAGUAGGUAAUGUAAUUGAGAUGAGAGAAAUCAGAAAUGUGAAUUUAAAUUUUUAGGUUAUAACGUGUUGUAUUUAUAAACAAACAAUUUAUAGGAUUUCGUUCAUCAAUUUUAAAUAGUCUAGGAACUUUAGUAGUUUGGUGGACAUCGACUUAACUACCUACAAUAUUUACAAAGAGCUAUAAAAUAUGUCUGGUUUAAAAAUAAAAGUUAUAAGUCGCAAUCCUGAGGAUUAUUUACGUGCCACUAAACGGGAUAUAUAUAAAAUUCAAAGAAAUUAUGAUCCAAGUCUUCAUCCCCUUGAAGCACCACGUGAAUAUGUGAGAGCUUUGAAUGCGGUGAAACUAGACAAAGUAUUUGCUAAACCGUUUCUUGGGAGUUUGGAUGGACAUUCCGACGGCGUCUCUAGUUUAGCUAAGCAUCCGAGUAGGCUUGCAACUUUAGCUAGUGGGGCAUUCGAUGGAGAAAUAAGAUUAUGGGAUUUAACAUCAAGGAAAUGUACUAGGAAUUUUAUAGCCCAUGAAGGCUGGGUUCGUGCAUUAUGCUUUACGCCCAGCGGUCAGACCUUCACUAGUGUUGGUGAUGACAAAACCAUUAAAACAUGGAAAUCUGAGGUUCAGUCACCUGAUGAUGAAGACCCAAUCAACACUUUACUGAGUAUGUCCGUUGUGUCUGGUGUAUCACAUCAUAGAAACAAACCUAUAUUCGCUACUUGCGGUGAACAUUGUCAAUUAUGGGAAAACACUAGGAAUGAACCAAUUAAAGUUUUCAAAUGGGGUGUUGACAGUCUUCAUCAUGUAGCUUUUAAUCAGGUUGAAACCAAUCUACUUGCCUCUUGUGCAAGCGACAGAAGCAUUAUUUUAUAUGACUGCAGAGAAAUGGGGCCAUUAAGAAAGGUUGUGUUGGAGUUGAGAUCAAACGCAUUAGCCUGGAAUCCUAUGGAAGCCUUUAUGUUUACUGUUGCUAAUGAGGAUUAUAAUUUAUACACAUUUGAUGUAAGAAAAUUGAAACAACCAGUCAAUAUACACAUGGAUCACACCUCAGCAGUUAUAGAUGUGGACUAUGCUCCUACUGGAAGAGAAUUUGUUGCGGGAAGCUAUGACAAAACUGUUAGGAUUUUCGAAACGCUCAAAGGUCAUUCCCGAGACGUGUACCAUACAAAACGGAUGCAAAGGUUGACAUGUGUUAAAUGGUCUUUGGAUAAUAAAUAUUUGUUGACUGGAUCGGAUGAAAUGAAUAUAAGAAUGUGGAAGGCUAGAGCUUCGGAGAAGCUUGGUGUUUUAAAACCUCGCGAACGCACAGCGCUAAACUACGCGGAUUCACUCAAGGAGAAAUUCGCCAGCCAUCCACAAAUCAAACGUAUUGCAAGACAUAGACAUGUGCCGAAACAUAUAAUGAACGCACAGAAGGAGUUACGGGUUAUUCGAGAAAAGUCCAAGAGGAAGGAAGCCAAUAGACGCGCUCAUAGCAAGCCUGGGGUGGUGCCUCAAGUUCCGGAGCGUAAGCGACACGUUGUUAAGGAAGAUAAAUAAACGAUUUUGGAAUAUA